CGAUUACUCUAGUAGAGUGAUGUCUGAGCUUGAGUCUUCCAGAGCUAAGGUUAAACUACUGAAAAGGAAGUUGAAAUCUGAUGGAGAGCAAGCAAAGGAGAAGAUUUCUGCAAUGCAUCAAAUAAUCAGCAAGCUUCAGGCUAAAGAGGCGAACAACCAAAGCAAUGUGGAAUUGGAGAGGCAGGUGAAGAGGUUGAAUGAAUUGGAAGUUGAGGUUGAAACUCUCAAAAUCGUUAAUUCGAGGUUGUUAGAGGAGAAUUCGGAGUUGAUGAAGAAAAUGGAAGCUGCACAAAUGCUUGCAUCUUCUGUUGAGGUUCCAAAGGCAGAUCUUAUGGAGGAUGUGAAUCAGUUAAGAGAAGUGAAUGAGAAACUGAUGAAUGACAUUGAUCAACUAAAAACAGAUCGUUGUGCCGAUGUUGAGCAGCUAGUGUAUCUUAGAUGGGUCAAUGCUUGUCUCCGGUACGAGCUCAGGAACUUUCAGCCACCGCCCGGGAAAAGCAGCAGCAAGAGAUUUAAGCAAGAACUUGAGCCCAAAGUCUGAAGCAAAGGCCAAACAGCUCAUACUAGAAUACGCAAAAUCCAACGGUGAUGAGAAGAACAUCGGUCUUGUAGACUUCGAUUCAGAGUAUUCGUAUCCCUCAUCUCAAGUCUCAACAGCAGAUUCUGAAGAUAAUUCAUUCGAUAUCUCCUCGACGACCACGACAAACAGCCAGGGAACAAAGAAAUCAAAGUUUUUAGUCAAGCUGAAGAAGCUAGUGCUGGGGAAAAACAUCCAUACUACACCACCGAUAAGCCAUUCGAACUCUGAGAGAAGAAUGUCAGUAUCCAGCUCGACUGAUGACAUGAUUGGCCGGGACUCAUAUGAUAGCUUCUCUUCAUGCAUGACCGAAGAGCACGGGACUGCUACCGAACUAAUCUUAACGCGAAGCGAUGAACAAGGACAAAGUAAGGCAACAAGUAGAACAUCAAUGGACAUGCAAGAAUUUGGAAAACAGAGAUUGGAAGUAAAAGAGGUGAAAGGAGAACAAUGCAGGAGUUAUGUGAGCGGAGAGGUUGAGCAUGAGAGGAUGAUCAGUUUUUGUCGAAAUAGUUUGCUCGGAGACGAAGAAAAGAACUUCCCUGAGAAGGCUGAGCUUAAGAGAUUUGCGGAUGUUUUGAGAGGAUCUCAUAAGAUGUCAAAAAUUAUAAGGAAAA